AUGGAGCCGUAUCCCGAUGGAGGCUUGUUCUCCGAGUUAUAUUUUGUGGAGGAACCAAGUGAUGUGAUUGCAGUGAGGGACCGAGCGCUGAUGUUAAACUGUCAAGUGGAAGGGGUGGAGCCCAUCACCAUCACUUGGAGGAAGGAUGGUUUACCGCUGCAGGGCAGAGGCCGUAUCUCAGUGCUCCAUAAUGGUUCGCUCUGUAUCUGCAACUUUCUGAAGAAAAAGGAGAACAACGAAUCGGAUGUCGGGGAAUACGAUUGUACGGCGCGAAAUCGAUUUGGCAUUCUGCUCAGUCGCAAGGCCCGUGUGCAGGUGGCAACUUUGCCUCGGUUUCAAACCCACCCUCAGUCCAUGAAGGUGCAGCUGGGAGGAGUGGCCCGGUUCGAGUGCCAUAUCUUCGGGAUUCCUGAAGCCAAGAUAACCUGGGAACUCAACCGUGUUCCUUUGAACAUGGAAGACGCCAGGUAUACCCUGCUACCAACUGGAGUUCUUCAGAUCACCCGGGUACAGCAGCAGGACCUGGGCUCCUACCGCUGCGUGGCAGUCAACAUUGCAAACACCCGGGCCAGCCACGAGGCUACACUCAGCCUGUCAGUUUCAUCUCCCCAGGCAGACCAGGAACCUGUAAUCCUCUCAGGCCCACAGAACCUCACCCUAACCAUCCACCAAACGGCCAUAUUGGAGUGCAUCGCCACAGGAAAUCCUAAACCCAUUGUGUCCUGGAGCCGCCUCGAUGGACGUUCGAUUGGAGUGGAUGGAAUCGAGGUGCUUGGGACGGGGAAUCUGAUGAUCUCUGAUGUGACUGUACAUCAUUCUGGGAUUUAUGUCUGUGCAGCCAACAAACCAGGAACCAGGGUUCGACGUACAGCCCAAGGCAGGCUGGUGGUGCAAGCUCCUCCUGAGUUUGUCCAGUGGCCACAGUCAGUCAGUAAACCAGCAGGAAGUACAGCUGUCUUCACCUGUGUGGCCCAGGGAGUCCCAGAGCCACAUGUAAUCUGGCUUAAAAACGGCAAUGAGCUGACCUCUCCCAGUGAAAACAUCAAACUGACUCACAGCAACAGCACCUUGAUUAUAAACCACAUCACCCCAUCCGAUGAAGCCAUAUACCAAUGUAUCGCCAAGAACAGUGCAGGUACUAACCAGGCAAGUGCACGCCUUGCUGUCGCUCUCUCCCAGGAGCUUCCCGAACCCCCAGAUGAUGUACGGGCAGAAGCUGUGUCUCGCAACACGAUCCGUUUAUCCUGGAAAGAGCCGGCACACAGUGUCACUGAGGAGAUCAUCGGCUACGUGUUGCAUAUCCGACAGGCUGCAGAUGCGGAAGGCAAGGAGCUUCAAGAGGCUGUCAGUAAGACUGCAUUCCAGCACGUUUUCACCAACCUGGAACCUGCCACAACCUACUCUAUGUACAUCAAAUCCUACUCUCCAGUCGGAGCCAGCAGUCCCUCUCAUCUGGUCACUGCCACAACAGCAGGGCAAGUUCCAGAUGCUCUGAUAUUCUUCACCCAGGUGCUGAACUCCUCCGCAGUGCAGUUAUUUUGGCAGCUGUCUCACAGUCAGGACCUGAUUGAUGGAUACAAGGUGUAUUAUAGAAACGUGCAGAGCUCCCAGGUCCUGGGGCCCACGCUGCUGUCCAGCAGUGCUACCAGUUUCACCAUCACACACCUGGAACCUUCGGCACUCUACGAGAUUAAGAUGUCAGCCUUCAACCAGCAUGGAGAUGGAAACAGCACGGAGCGAUACGUGUCUCUGAGGGAGAAUACUGAGUUGCCAGCCCCACAGACUCCCCCCUGUGACUGUAAGUCAUCAACAGAGAGCCCACUGACCGGCAUAGUGGUCGGGAUCCACAUUGGAAUGGCCUGCAUCAUCUUCUGUGUUCUCAUCCUCAUGCUGGGGUACCAGAGAAGUCUGUUUGGGUGUAAGGGUAUCAAGGAGAGUUGGACAGUCCCACAGGCUGGACAUAGCCUGAGCCAAGAGGGACAGAAUGGCCACGUGGAGCUGGAUAAAAAGGAUGAAGCUGGGAGAGUGAUGGAGAUGACGGAGUUUGUCAGUGGGAAGUUUCAGAACGGAGAUGCAGUUUCAGAGAAUGGUCAUGAUCGAGAAUGUUCCUCCAGUCAGCUUCAGGUCGUGAUUGAGCAACAUCCAACAGGACCCAAACCCUGAGAACCUCCAGCAGAGACACAGCUCCACCAUUUCAAUUUCCUCUUUGUAUUUUCCUCUGAACCAAAGAUCUGAUGUGGGUUUGAGACCGGAUUUUUAAAAAUCGGGUUUACCUGGAAUUUUAGCAAGUCUAGAACCAGCUUUAACUGAAUUUGUUCGUACUAACCCAAUGCAGUCGGACACUCCAAAGAUUCCUACCUCAACUGACAUGAAUGUUUUAAAUGUGAGCCAUUUUUAGUAAGUUCUCCACAUCCAGUGACUGACACAACUACCUCAAGAGUCAUUGGUUCGAACCGCAGUGAGAGAAACCCUCUCAAACUGUCUCACUGCAGACUGAGUUAAACAGCUCCUAGUUUAGAACUAAAUAUUCUAUACAUCCAAAUAUUUUAAGCUGGCUGAAAAGCAUCCAAAGAUUUUAGAGAUUUAGGAGAAACUGAAUUUAUCAUAUUUUGUAUCCAGUAAUUCUGUAUUUCAGCUUCCAAGUCCUUCAGUGAAUAUUCAUUGUGUCCUCCAAAGCUCUUUGGAGUUCUGACUCCUGAGGUUUCAUAAUCACUUCUGCACCCCCCCCAGAGCUCUUAUUGAUCCAUUGGCCUGAAAACUCAGCGUCUGAUGUGAGAGAGAGAGAGAGAGAGAGAGAAAGGUGUUCCUUACACCCCUCAGACCAAAGAUGCAGACCAGCCACCUAACCUGGGCAUCUCUGCUAAUUUCACUGUACUCAAUUAUGGCCCACAAUCUCCCCUCUCUCUCUUUGUCCUUCCUCAUCUUUCUCAGUAAUCUCUUUCAACAGAGGAAGGCAAGCUUGCACAUUAGAAUUUCAAAGCAGGAGUGUGCCAUUUCAUUUCUUGGACCUAUUAUGCUGUUUGAUGAGGUAGCUUGACGGUGAUCUGAUUGUGGCCUCAACUCCUCUCUCCUGUCCACUUUUUGAUUCCCUUUGUCAUUCAACAAUACAUUGGCAACCUGACUUUAAAAAUGUUCAAUGAUCCAGACUCCCCUACCCCCUGGGAAGAGACUUCUACUAUAAGCAAUCCUCAGAAAAGAUUUCUCCUGUCUCAACUAUCCAAGACAAAACAUUCUUUUCAGUGUGCUUCCUGUCAAAUACACUCCGGCUUGUAUAUGUUUCAAUAAGAUCACCUCUGUAACUUGUAAAAUGCCACCUUCCCUCAGAGGAACCAGUCAAGUGAGCCUUGUCUAAACUGCUAAUACAAUUAAUCAUUUUUAUUAAGUAAGGAGACCAAAUAUGUGCAUAGUAGUUAAGAUGUGGUGUCACCAAGUGCAAUAAAACAUAAGUCAUAGGGAUGUACAGCACAGAAUCGCACCCUUCAGUCCAACUCGUCCAUGCCAACCAGAUAUCCUCAA